AUGGGGGGGGCUUGUGGUGGUGACUUGAGGGGCGCUUUUGUGGUCUCCGCUUUAGUGGUGGUGGUAGAGGUGGCCUCAGCAGAGGGGAUGGGGGUGGGGGACGCGUGUGGUGGGGGGGUGGAGGACGUGUGUGGUGGGGGGGUGGAGGACGUGUGUGGUGGGGGGGUGGAGGACGCGUGUGGUGGGGGGGUGGAGGGCGACGAGGUCUUUAUAGAGGGAUCACGCAGGGAUGCAGGUGCUUGGGUUGGUGGGAUGGAGAGAAGCGAGGCGAGAGAAGCGGCAGUGGCGGGUGAGGCGGCUGCUCCCGGUGGGAUGGUAAGGAAACAGCUGCUCUCGCUCCUGCAGCAGCGACUGCCAUUGCUAAACCAGACAGUACCGGGCAGCCUACUGCCGUUUCCACAUAACACCACACCACUCACCGUGCCUCUCUGCCACCCCUCGCAUCUUCUCCCUCAGGUAAGGAAAGAGCUGCUCCCUCUGCUGCAGCACAGCACAGAGAUGCUGUACAUACACCAGAGACCACCAGAUAGGCUACUGCCGUUUCCACAUAACACCACACCACUCACCAUGCCUCUCUGCCACCCCUCGCAUCUUCUCACUCAGGUAAGGAAAGAGCUGCUCCCUCUGCUGCAGCACAGCACAGAGAUGCUGUACAUACACCAGAGACCACCAGAUAGGCUACUGCCGUUUCCACAUAACACCACACCACUCACCAUGCCUCUCUGCCACCCCUCGCAUCUUCUCCCUCAGGUAAGGGAAGAGCUGCUCUCGCUCCUGAAGCAGCGCCUGCCAGCCGCUCGCCCCCAGGGAGAGAAGGGAUGGCCGAUAUGGAGGCACGGCCUGGGGUGGGGUGACCUGGGGGAUGGGAUGGGGGAUGGGGUGUGGGAUGGGGUGUGGGAUGGGGUGUGGGAUGGGGUGUGGGAUGGGGUGUGGGAUGGGGUGUGGGAUGGGGUGUGGGAUGGGGUGUGGGAUGGGGUGUGGGAUGGGGUGUGGGAUGGGGUGUGGGAUGGGGUGUGGAAUGGGGUGUGGGAUGGGGUGUGGGAUGGGGUGUGGGAUGGGGUGUGGGAUGGGGUGUGGGAUGGGGUGUGGGAUGGGGUGUGGGAUGGGGUGUGGGAUGGGGUGUGGGAUGGGGUGUGGGAUGGGGUGUGGGAUGGGGUGUGGGAUGGGGUGUGGGAUGGGGUGUGGGAUGGGGUUGUGGGAUGGGGUGUGGGAUGGGGUGUGGGAUGGGGUGUGGGAUGGGGUGUGGGAUGGGGGUGUGGGAUGGGGUGUGGGAUGGGGUGUGGGAUGGGGUGUGGGAUGGGGUGUGGGAUGGGGUGUGGGAUGGGGUGUGGGAUGGGGUGUGGGAUGGGGUGUGGGAUGGGGUGUGGGAUGGGGUGUGGGAUGGGGUGUGGGAUGGGGUGUGGGAUGGGGUGUGGGAUGGGGUUGUGGGAUGGGGUGUGGGAUGGGGUGUGGGAUGGGGUGUGGGAUGGGGUGUGGGAUGGGGUGUGGGAUGGGGUUGUGGGAUGGGGUGUGGGAUGGGGUGUGGGAUGGGGUGUGGGAUGGGGUGUGGGAUGGGGUGUGGGAUGGGGUGUGGGAUGGGGUGUGGGAUGGGGUGUGGGAUGGGGUGUGGGAUGGGGUGUGGGAUGGGGUGUGGGAUGGGGUGUGGGAUGGGGUGUGGGAUGGGGUGUGGGAUGGGGUGUGGGAUGGGGUGUGGGAUGGGGUGUGGGAUGGGGUUGUGGGAUGGGUUGUGGGAUAGGGUGUGGGAUGGGGUGUGGGAUGGGGUGUGGGAUGGGGUGUGGGAUGGGGUGUGGGAUGGGGUGUGGGAUGGGGUGUGGGAUUGGGUGUGGGAUUGGGUGUGGGAUGGGGUUGUGGGAUGGGGUGUGGGAUGGGGUGUGGGAUGGGGUGUGGGAUGGGGUGUGGGAUGGGGUGUGGGAUGGGGUGUGGGAUGGGGUGUGGAUGGGGUGUGGAUGGGGUGUGGGAUGGGGUGUGGGAUGGGGUGUGGGAUGGGGUGUGGGAUGGGGUGUGGGAUGGGGUGUGGGAUGGGGUGUGGGAUGGGGUGUGGAUGGGGUGUGGGAUGGGGUGUGGGAUGGGGUGUGGGAUGGGGUGUGGGAUGGGGUGUGGGAUGGGGUGUGGGAUGGGGUGUGGGAUGGGGUGUGGGAUGGGGUGUGGGAUGGGGUGUGGAUGGGGUGUGGGAUGGGGUGUGGGAUGGGGUGUGGGAUGGGGUGUGGGAUGGGGUGUGGGAUGGGGUGUGGGAUGGGGUGUGGGAUGGGGUGUGGGAUGGGGUGUGGGAUGGGGUGUGGGAUGGGGUGUGGGAUGGGGUGUGGGAUGGGGUGUGGGAUGGGGUGUGGGAUGGGGUGUGGGAUGGGGUGUGGGAUGGGGUGUGGGAUGGGAUGGGGUGUGGGAUGGGGUGUGGGAUGGGGUGUGGGAUGGGGUGUGGGAUGGGGUGUGGGAUGGGGUGUGGGAUGGGGUGUGGGAUGGGGUGUGGGAUGGGGUGUGGGAUGGGGUGUGGGAUGGGGUGUGGGAUGGGGUGUGGGAUGGGGUGUGGAUGGGGUGUGGGAUGGGGUGUGGGAUGGGGUGUGGGAUGGGGUGUGGGAUGGGGUGUGGGAUGGGGUGUGGGAUGGGGUGUGGGAUGGGGUGUGGGAUGGGGUGUGGGAUGGGGUGUGGGAUGGGGUGUGGGAUGGGGUGUGGGAUGGGGUGUGGGAUGGGGUGUGGGAUGGGGUGUGGGAUGGGGUGUGGGAUGGGGUGUGGGAUGGGGUGUGGGAUGGGGUGUGGGAUGGGGUGUGGGAUGGGGUGUGGGAUGGGGUGUGGGAUGGGGUGUGGGAUGGGGUGUGGGAUGGGGUGUGGGAUGGGUGUGGGAUGGGUGUGGGAUGGGGUGUGUGGGUGUGGGAUGGGGUGUGGGAUGGGGUGUGGGAUGGGGUGUGGGAUGGGGUGUGGGAUGGGGUGUGGGAUGGGGUGUGGGAUUGGGUGUGGGAUGGGGUGUGGGAUGGGGUGUGGGAUCGGGUGUGGGAUGGGUGUGGAUGGGGUGUGGAUGGGGUGUGGGAUGGGGUGUGGGAUGGGGUGUGGGAUGGGGUGUGGGAUGGGGUGUGGGGAUGGGGUUGUGGGAUGGGGGUGGGAUGGGGUGUGGGAUGGGGUGUGGGAUGGGGUGUGGGAUGGGGUGUGGGAUGGGGUGUGGGAUGGGUGUGGAUGGGUGUGGGAUGGGGUGUGGGAUGGGGUGUGGGAUGGGGUGUGGGAUGGGGCAUGGGUUUGGCAUGUGAAGUGCAAAGCGUGGGGAAGAAGGUUGCUGCACUACUGCAGCAGUCGCUCUCCUCCAUACCCCUUCCUCCACGCCCCUUCCUCAUGCCCGCUCUGCCACGGCCCUUUCCUCCCCCCACCCCCCCUCUCCCUUUUCCACACCUCCAGCCCCCUCCUCCAUGGCCCCUCGUCCAUCUCAUUCCACCCACCCACCGGGACGUGCCAUGGGCUCGACGUGAUCAGGACGUGCCAUGGGCUCGACGUGAUCAGGACGUGCCAUGGGCUCGACGUUAUCAGGACGUGCCAUGGGCUCGACGUGAUCAGGACGUGCCAUGGGCUCGACGUGAUCAGGACGUGCCAUGGGCUCGACGUGAUCAGGACAUGCCAUGGGCUCGACGUGAUCAGGACGUGCCAUGGGCUCGACGUUAUCAGGACGUGCCAUGGGCUCGACGUGAUCAGGACGUGCCAUGGGCUCGACGUGAUCAGGACGUGCCAUGGGCUCGACGUGAUCAGGACGUGCCAUGGGCUCGACGUUAUCAGGACGUGCCAUGGGCUCGACGUUAUCAGGACGUGCCAUGGGCUCGACGUGAUCAGGACGUGCCAUGGGCUCGACGUGAUCAGGACGUGCCAUGGGCUCGACGUGAUCAGGACGUGCCAUGGGCUCGACGUUAUCAGGACGUGCCAUGGGCUCGACGUGAUCAGGACGUGCCAUGGGCUCGACGUGAUCAGGACGUGCCAUGGGCUCGACGUGAUCAGGACGUGCCAUGGGCUCGACUUGAUCAGGACGUGCCAUGGGCUCGACGUUAUCAGGACGUGCCAUGGGCUCGACGUUAUCAGGACGUGCCAUGGGCUCGACGUGAUCAGGACGUGCCAUGGGCUCGACGUGAUCAGGACGUGCCAUGGGCUCGACGUGAUCAGGACGUGCCAUGGGCUCGACGUGAUCAGGACGUGCCAUGGGCUCGACGUGAUCAGGACGUGCCAUGGGCUCGACGUGAUCAGGACGUGCCAUGGGCUCGACGUGAUCAGGACGUGCCAUGGGCUCGACGUGAUCAGGACGUGCCAUGGGCUCGACGUUAUCAGGACGUGCCAUGGGCUCGACGUGAUCAGGACGUGCCAUGGGCUCGACGUUAUCAGGACGUGCCAUGGGCUCGACGUGAUCAGGACGUGCCAUGGGCUCGACGUUAUCAGGACGUGCCAUGGGCUCGACGUUAUCAGGACGUGCCAUGGGCUCGACGUGAUCAGGACGUGCCAUGGGCUCGACGUGAUCAGGACGUGCCAUGGGCUCGACGUUAUCAGGACGUGCCAUGGGCUCGACGUGAUCAGGACGUGCCAUGGGCUCGACGUUAUCAGGACGUGCCAUGGGCUCGACGUGAUCAGGACGUGCCAUGGGCUCGACGUGAUCAGGACGUGCCAUGGGCUCGACGUGAUCAGGACGUGCCAUGGGCUCGACGUGAUCAGGACGUGCCAUGGGCUCGACGUGAUCAGGACGUGCCAUGGGCUCGACGUUAUCAGGACGUGCCAUGGGCUCGACGUGAUCAGGACGUGCCAUGGGCUCGACGUUAUCAGGACGUGCCAUGGGCUCGACGUGAUCAGGACGUGCCAUGGGCUCGACGUUAUCAGGACGUGCCAUGGGCUCGACGUUAUCAGGACGUGCCAUGGGCUCGACGUGAUCAGGACGUGCCAUGGGCUCGACGUGAUCAGGACGUGCCAUGGGCUCGACGUGAUCAGGACGUGCCAUGGGCUCGACGUGAUCAGGACGUGCCAUGGGCUCGACGUUAUCAGGACGUGCCAUGGGCUCGACGUGAUCAGGACGUGCCAUGGGCUCGACGUUAUCAGGACGUGCCAUGGGCUCGACGUGAUCAGGACGUGCCAUGGGCUCGACGUUAUCAGGACGUGCCAUGGGCUCGACGUUAUCAGGAGCCCUGA